GGGCGGCUGCGCUGUGUGAGACUGCGGAGGACCAGUUUAGCGAAGCCCAGUGGAGAAUCGUAGCAACGCAACUCCUCCAAAAGCUGUGCGCUUCGCUUUACUGUAUUAUGGCAUCUAGGAGAAUGGAGACGAAACCAGUGAUAACCUGCCUCAAAACCCUCCUCCUCGUCUAUUCCUUUGUGUUCUGGAUCACAGGGUUGAUCCUCCUGGCGGUGGGAAUAUGGGGAAAGCUAAUGCUGGGGCCGUACAUCUCCCUGAUCGCGGACAACUCCACCAACGCGCCCUACGUGCUGAUGGGCACGGGCACGGCCAUCGUGGUGUUCGGUCUGUUCGGCUGCUUCGCCACCUGCCGCGGCAGCCCCUGGAUGCUGAAACUGUACGCCAUGUUCCUGUCCCUGGUCUUCCUGGCCGAGCUGGUGGCGGGCAUCUCGGGCUUCGUCUUUCGCCAUGAGAUUAAAGGCACCUUUCUGAGGACAUACAGCGAUGCUGUGCAGAACUACAACGGCCAGGACGAGAAGAGCCAAGCCGUGGACCACGUCCAGCGCAACUUGCGCUGCUGCGGGGUGCUGAACUACACCAGCUGGUUCAGCAGCGUGUUCUUCCACGACAGCGGCAUCCCUGCCAGCUGCUGCACAGACAUGUCGGACUGUAGCGCUUUGGACCUCCGCAACGCCACCAUCGCCCCCAGCAAGGUGUACCAGCAGGGCUGUUACAAGCUGGUCACCGCCUUCAUCGAGACCAACAUGGGCAUCAUCGCAAGUGUGACAUUUGGAAUAGCCUUCUCGCAGCUGAUCGGCAUGCUCCUGGCCUGCUGUCUGUCGAGGUUCAUCACUGCCAAUCAGUAUGAGAUGGUGUAGCAGUGAAGCAAAGCGCAGAUGAGGAGCAAACCCCACGAUGGAAGGCCGGGGGGAGGGGGGAGGAGUGCUAGCACAUGACAUUCUUAUUUCUCUUUUCCUCUUUCUCGCUAUGCCUCCCUCUCUCCCACACUUCUUUGUAUCUUAUUCUAGUCCAUCAUUCCACACAUCCAAUCUCCUUUCAGGACCUUAUCUCCACUAAAAAUCAACUGACGGGAAUAGGUCCACUUCUGUGGCCACCAAGGCAUUGUUCUCUUAUGCUAGCGGGGCCAUGGAUGUGCAUGUAGAACUGCAGAACAGUCAUUGGUAGAGCACUAACCACAUUUCUAUGAGACUAAGUAAACAAAAAACUACUAGUAAUUAUAAAUUAAAGAUAAUUUUGUGAGAUACUUGAAAAUAAAAAGAAAUAAACUUCAUAUGAAAAAUUCCCAGAUGAGUCCCAGAUGUGAAACAGCCUUUAAUUUGUUUUUGUUUUUUCCAACACAUACUGUACCACAUAUCUGCUUUUUGCUGCUAUAUGGAGUACAUUUCAUCAUCCUGGUUCAAAGUAAAUACUGCUCAAACUGAAGCUGUGCGUGGACGUGUCCGUGUUGCUUUUUGAAACCUCUUUGAUUGGGCUGUGUUCAGUUGGGUCCAGCCCUCAGUGAUCUCUGCCUGUUCUGUCCCACUCCAUCUGAGGUACGGUAUUAUUCAGCAAAGGGCCUUUGCUAAAAUAACUUUGGUGAGUUCACACUGUUCAUUUAGUGUUCUCGGUGCUGCUGACUUCCUGGUUCUAGCUUCAAUCUGCUAUGACAGGGUGAGACAAAAUGCUCAUUUCAGUCAUCAGGCACCACCAUAACCAUAUGUUUGUGACUGAUCGGGCACCAGAGUGAUUCUACCAUGGCAAUCAACAUCACUGUUAAUGAUGAAGAGUCAAAUCAAAUCAAAGAAGAGAAGUAAGGGAAGAGUGCCAUCUUUUUCUGUACUGGUGCUGAUGUGCUGAUGCCAGUCUCACAUUCUCAAUUGAGAAACUGUGGGGAUGGGAUAGCUUUACAGUCCAUCCAAGUUAUCUCAUUUUUCAGCUUCAAGUCUCUGGAGUCAGAUAAUAUUUCUGAGAAUUUCUGAAUCAUCCAUAUUCCUACGCUUAAGGUCCACAGUGUGCCUCAGGUCUGCAAAAUUGACCCAUUCCCUUGCAGAGUGGGCUACACCAACAGGAAGGAGCGUCACAAACACUGAGCAAAAUAACCACGGUCUCAUGGUGUCCUACUGCGAUUGGCUGAGUGGGCCUUUUAUUUGGUCACCAGCGAGGCCAGGUGUAGUGAUAAUGAAAACCACAUUGCCCAUCAUUCACCACUGCCGGGCUCUCUUUUAAUGGCCUUUUUAGUCUGUUAAUCAUCAGAGCAACAAGCUAGGUGAUAAUAGUCUUUAUAAGUAAAAGUGAGUGAAGGCAAGCAGAAGGAUCCAGAGGCAAAAAGGGACGUUUACCUCUUGCAGCCAUUGUAUAAUCUGUUUGAAGUUUAUAAAAUGUACUCCCAUAUGAAGUAACUGGAGGGGGCAACAUCACUCCUGAAAUCUCCACACCCUGACAAGCAAAGGUAGGCCGGUAGGAGCAGAGUGAAUUCCCUCCCUAUUACAGUCCUGUUAAAGGGGUGGCAGUGGGUGGGGCUGAUGGGAAUUGGAGUCCUGGCAAAGGGCUGGCAGUGGGUGGGGCUGAAGGGGCUGAGAACACUGAGUCACUGGUGAUGUAAUUUAUUUAAUAAAGCUGUGAUGUAACUCAGGCUGGGGGAGAUUCACUAUGCCGACCUUUGUAUCUGUGUAUGUGUUUAUUCUUGCCACAUUAUGAAGUUGUCAUGGCAGCUGUAGCUGCCUAGUGUGUUGUGGGUGGAUCAGUAAUAAAAGUAUAAGCAAGCCCUAGAAAAACACAAUGUAGAGGGUAGAUUUAUCACACAAUCUUGUGUGACAAAACCACACUGGACUUGCAAAAUAACAAGACUUUGUAUAAAAACUUUUUAAACUGUCAUCACCAGCUAGCAUGCCAACAAACUAUGUUGAUAUUGUAAAAGAUUGUGAUGUCUGUAUUAAUAAAAGGAUCAUAACUUUG